AUGAGAGGAGAGAGUAAGAAAGCGGAGAGGGGGAGGAAAGGAGAAGAGAGGAUAGGUAGAAGACAGGAAAGAGAGGGAAGAGAAGAUAAAGAGAAACGAAGAGGGGAAAAGAGGAGAAGAAAGUGGGGAGAGGAGAGGAGAGAGGUGAGAAAAGAAGGAGAGGAGGAAGCAGAGAGGAGAAAAAGGAGGGAGGAGAGAGGGAGGAGGAGAGAAAAGAGAGAGGAGGGAGAACGAGAGCAGGAGGAGAGUAGAAAAGGAAAAGAGAAAAAGAGAGGGGAAGAGGAGAGAGAGAGGGAGAGAGAGGAAAGGGGGGGGUGGGAGAGGGAGGAGAGGGGAGGGGAAGAGGGGAAGAGGAGGGAGAAGAAGGAGAAGAGAAGAGGAGAGAGAGGAGAGUGGAAGGUGAGAAGAGGAGGAAGAGAGGGAGGGAGGGAGGGAGGAGAGAGAGAUAAGGAGAAGAAGCAAGGUGAAAGAGGGAGAGGAGAGAGAGAGAGGAGGAAACGGAAAGGGAAGGGAGAAGAGGAGAGAGAGAGGAAAGAGAGAGGUAAGGGGGAGGGAGAAGAGAUAGAAAGAGAAAGAAGAGAUAGAAGAGAGGAGAUAAGAGAGGAGGAAGAG